UCGGGCAACAGACGGCAACCUACCCCUGGGCAGGGGUCUUGGGCAACGGGCGGCAACCUACCACUGGGCAGGGGCCUCGGGCAACAGGUGGCAAUCUACCCCUGGGCAGGGGUCUCUGGCAACGGGCGGCAACCUACCACUGGGCAGGGGCCUCGGGCAACAGAUGGCAACCUACCCCUGGGCAGGGGCCUCAGGCAACAGGCGGAAAUCUACCCCUGGGCAGGGGCCUCAACAGCGAUGGCUCAAGCACUCAGGGGCACCACAGGUAGCUAUACUCUGGGCACACCAUGGGGUGGUUCAAGUAAGGGUAGUCUAGGCAUGUAGUAGGGCAGUGCCUAACCCAGGUGGUCUGUGCGCACAAUAGGGACAGUUCAGGAAACGGGUGGUCAGUGCACACAGCGGGGCAGUUCGGAACACGGGUGGUCGGUGCAUACAGCGGGGACAGUUCAGGACAUGAGUGGUCGGUGCACACACCGCGGGACAGUUCAGAACACGGGUGGUCGGUGCACACAGCAGGCACAGUU